GAAGUUGGACUGAAACGAUGCCCACGACACCGACACACACUUCUGCCUAAACAUGUAACCCGACCAGUCACAGCUGCCGCUCUCACUACACGCUGUCUGGGAGGCUUUUCCAGGGGACAGUCUGCCCUUUCUGGAUUUCAUUGGUGUGUGUGUAUUUCCAAGUACAAGAUUUUGGAAUGCUGCUGGACGAGACUCCACUUUUUGAGCCCUCCCUGCUUCAGGAGUUGGACUGGAGUAGCAACACCGUCACCUUCUCCCCCCCCAUCUCACCGUCCUCUCCAGGAGACGGCCUUCUCCUCAGGCCGCUGUGUACAGCAGAUUUCAAUAGAGGAUUCUUCAAAGUUUUAUCUCAACUCACCCAGACAGGAGAUGUCACUCCAGAGCAGUUUGCCAAGAAUUUUGAGCACAUGAAGGCAACAGGAGACUACUACGUCAUCGUGGUGGAGGACACAAAUCUGGGACAGAUCAUUGCCACGGCCACACUAAUCACUGAACACAAGUUCAUUCACUCUUGUGCUAAGAGGGGCAGGGUGGAGGAGGUCGUUGUCAGUGACGUGUGCAGAGGGAAGCAGCUGGGGAAACUGCUAGUUUCAACGCUCACUCUUCUCAGCAAAAAGCUGAAUUGCUAUAAAAUCACUCUGGAAUGUGCACCCAAAAAUGUGGCUUUCUACCAAAAGUUCGGUUACGGUGCGUCAGGUGACACUUACAUGCAAUGCCGAUUCUUCGACUGAGGACUGCAGCUUCACCCCCCGCCCCCCCAGCCACCUUUUAUUUUCUUUUUCGGGGCAAAGACCAUUUAUACAUUUGACAUCAGCACUUGCAACUACCGUCUUAAGCUCUUAAGCAUUCGGAGAGCUCCCUGAGGAAGUUUGCUGUCGUGAAGGAGCUGAGUCAUCCCUGAACACACAUCCUGAUUCCAGAGCACUUGAGUAAACAUAUGUAAUUGAAGCUCCAUUUAAACGCAAUAAUCCGCCCUUUUAGUAACCGUGGCUACCUCACCACCGUGUACGUCUGCCAUCAUCCUCACACAUCAUAAAGGGCUGGCCUUUAAUUUAAUGUUUUAUUUUGCAACAUUUUCAUUGCUCUGUGAUGACAGAGAAAAGACAACAUGUUUACGACACUACUGUAAGUAAAUACAACUGUAUGAUGUGAAAAUGGUACCACAUCUAGUUAAUAUUACAACCUAAAUAAUAAAAAAACUAGUUAAAUUCACUGCUAGAAGAUUUCAGGAUUUAUAUUACAGGUUCCUGAAACCCGGAAGAAGAAAGAAAGACGCAACUGCUUUUUUUUUUGUAACACUACUAUAAACUUAAGUCUGGGUUUCACUUUUCUAAUCUGUCUGAUCGGUACAAAGUGCUCCGUUUCAAGGCAUGUUGCUGGACAACUGAUUAAGUUGUGACUGCAAUGAGACCGGAAAGAUGAAGACUGUUCUAACUUUUCCAAUGAACAAGUUGCUGGUAAGGAUUUGAUAAGGCUUUUAAAGUUUUGUAUUUAGUUCAACUACUGAACUUCGGAGUGAAUGUUUUGUAAUGGGAAAUGGUUAAAGAUGAUUUUUAUAAAUUAACUUAAGCAUUUGUAGUUGAGUUUUAUAAUUAUGCUUUUAUUUUGGAGGCCGUGGGAACAUAUUUAAUGUAAAUUAUUUUUCAAAUGUUAGUCCAAUAAAUUGUAUGAUCAA